GCGGGCAGCACAUGCUUCCCGGAACUCAAAAUGCGGUGCUUUAUUUUUUGUGUUUUUCUAAUGACUGUUGGGUGCGCUGAAAUCAAAGUUAAGCAGGAGUUGCAGGCGUUGGCCGAACAGAUUGAGAUCCUGAAAACCCUCCACCUGAACGAUGUCAACAACCUGAAAAGUGAAAUCGAAGAGCUCAAGCAGCACUGUGCCCCGACCAACAACCACGAACGCAACGAGCAAGCUACCCUACAAUGGGCGAAGACCUCCAUGAAGGAACUACGAGUGGAGAUGAAGGAGUUGAGCCGAAGUGUCAACAGCUCGCUUCUACUGCGCCAACUUCACACCAUACGGAACGAACUCAAGCAGGCUCUUCUGGAGACUUCUGACCUGGCGCAACUCACCAGGACUCAAGAGGCCAGGGUGGACAAGCUGGACAGCGAAGUCGGCAGACUGAAGUACGAGGGACAGCAGAUGAGGGCAAUGUUGUCUCAGAUGAGGAACCACGUGGGGAAACUGGCUAAGGAGAUGAAAGCGAAGCAGAUAACCGAAAUGAACAACGAGAGCUACAACGACGUUUUGGAUCACGAGAGGUCUGGGGACAUGGGGCACGCGCACAAGUACCGCCACAACAAGAUGGUGCACGCCCAGAUAUCCCGCCUCGCUCGCAGCCAAGACCAACUCGAUGAGUACCAGCAGAACCUGCAAACCCAGAUCUUGGAUGUGCAACGACGCCUGGACCGCUUCGAGGAACCCAACUGGAACUUGAUGUCCGCCAAAAUCGACUUCCUUGAGCUCGAGAACAAAGUUCUGCGCAGCGAACUCCAAAACAUCUCGCAGAAGGUCGCCGAUUUCGAUAAGAUUCAUGCCUCCAUGUUGGAGCUCCGCGAGGACGUCGAAAGCAUAGAGAACAAAGCGGACAAAACCGUGCCAGAAUUCAGAAAGGAAAUAUCCAAACUCGACGUGAACUUCGCACAGCUCAACGCUCAAUCCUCUUACCUGAAGGAAGAUCAGGAGAAUCUCCGUCAGUCCGUGAAAGCAAUAGCUGUUAGCGUCAGUAACGCUAUAGACCGAGCGGAAUUGGACCGGCUUCUGGUGAAGAAAAUUAAUGAAUCCAUCUCCGACCUGACCUCGGCGACCAAGCAGCACUUCUAUCGCCUGAACGACCACAUUCUUAAGACGGAAUCCAAUCGCAUGGAGACUAACGGAACCCUCGGCAUACCGCUACCGGAGCUGAUCGGGGAGGUGAAGGAGUUGCAGCCCGUGGAACACGAGUACGAGGACCUCGUCAGCCAACUGCCCAAGGACUGCUCGACCGUGACCGACCCUCCCAACACCUACCUCAUCCGCCCGACCCACACCCCCGUCGAGACCUGGUGCAGCAACGGAACGACCCUCCUGCAAAGACGCUACAACGGCUCCAUCGAAUUCAACCGCAAGUUUGGCGAAUACGUUUCCGGCUUCGGCGACGCCUCCUCCGAAUACUGGCUCGGGCUCGAAUCUAUGCACCAGAUCACCAAGGACAACUGCUCCGCCAUGAGGAUCGAUAUGACCGACAUCUACGGCAGCAGCUGGUAUGCCGAGUACGACCACUUCUCCGUCGGCAGCGCGGACUCCGGCUACGUAUUGGACGUCAGCGGCUUCAAAGGUAACGCCAGCGAUGCUUUCGAGUACCAGAACCAUAUGGAGUUUUCGGCUAUUGAUCGUGAUCGUGACAUCUCUAACACCCAUUGCGCUGGCAACUACGAGGGUGGCUGGUGGUUCUCCCACUGCCAACACGUCAAUAUCAACGGCAAGUACACCCUCGGACUAACAUGGUUCGACUCGGCGAGGAACGAAUGGAUCGCCGUCGCCACCAGCGAAAUGAAAAUGUACCGACGACCCGGCUGCGUCUAAUUUAUUAAAUUUUAAACGUAUUACUUAUUAUACCAAAGAUAACAAUGUAGUAGUGGUUCUUAUUUGUUCGGUUACUUGGUAACAAAUACGAAAACCUUUUUGUUUCGUCAAAAAGUCGACUAUUUUGUAUUAUAGUUAUGUUUAAGUAUCGGUUGUAAGACUUUUCUCGACUUAUUUGUACCUAAUUAGUUUACCUUCGUAUCGAAUUCUCUAUUGGACGCGCGACGUCAAAACAUAAAUGUUAUUUCACUGACACAUAAUAUUAGAUGUGCUAAUAAUAAAAUAAAUAGAAACGUAUAAUCAUAGGAGAGUAGAACUUAUUUUCUGCGGAUUUAUGUGGAUAUGU